AUGCAAUUAGCAUUCCUCAAUAAUAUUGCAAUCUGAACAUGAAUUUUUGUGUUCUUGACUGUGUUUGAGGGAGACUUAUGUGUCCGGGCCGGGAUGGGCUACCACUCUAUUUCAACUUUAGACAAAGAGGAAAAGUACCACUCCUUUUCUACUAUUUACCAAGGGAAUGCUAAAUCACUCUUUUAUUAUGAUGGUGACAAUUAGCAAAAGUAUAUUCCAACUGAAUACAUUCCCAAGGAAGCUGAAACAUGCAUGAGUAUCGAUUCAUUUUAGCCUAGAUAUUAUUCCACUAACACUACUUUUAAAUUCGGCAGAACCUUAAAUAGUAAGAAUGAAGAACUUGGUUUUGUCUUCAACCCUAAGUUUUUGAUAGACCUAUGUUAUUCUUCGAGUUUCGGGGUUGAGGAGGAAUCGGUGGAAGUAAAUCUUAGGUAUCAGAUGGCAUGGUGCAGAUCAUCAAAUUGGUGGAGGCUAAGGUUGAUAGCAAAGGUAGGGAUUUGUUUUCUUGUUUUAGUGGCAUCUGUUUCAGCAACUGAAAGUUUGGAGCAACAAGCUUCUUCUAGUCAGAAUCAUGGGAAAGAAGUUGAAUCUAAUUACUUAGUCAGCGUGUCAAAAUCGCAUACGGGUGGAGUCCUUGGCUAUAAGCAUGUCUGGCCUGAAAUAAGAUUUGGCUGGAAAAUUGUGGUUGGUACAAUAAUUGGAUUCCUUGGAGCAGCAUUUGGAAGUGUGGGAGGUGUUGGAGGGGGUGGCAUUUUUGUUCCAAUGCUCACUCUCAUGAUUGGCUUUGAUCAGAAAUCAGCAACUGCAAUAUCGAAAUGCAUGAUCACUGGCGGAGCAGCUGCCACUGUGUUGUACAAUCUAAGGCUGAGGCAUCCAACACUUGAGUUGCCAAUUAUUGACUAUGAUCUUGCAGUUCUAUUCCAACCAAUGUUAGUUUUGGGAAUCAGUAUUGGAGUUUCCCUGAAUGUUGUUCUUUCUGAUUGGAUGAUCACCAUCUUACUAAUUAUUAUUCUCUUAGGUACAUCAACUAGAUCCUUCUUCAAAGGUGUUGAGACAUGGAAGAAAGAAACUAAAACCAAAAAGAAUUUACUGGACGCUUCCAAAAGCUUGGAAUCAAAAGGUGAGGUCGAUUCUUCACUUUCUGGUGUUAGCAUCAGAGACGUUGAAGACAAAAAUACUGCUAGUGGUACAACCAAUGAGCCAACAGAAACCAAGCAAGCUAAGAGAAGAGAGGUUUCUAUUCUUGAAAAUGUUGGCUGGAGGCAACUUGGAAUUAUUGCUACUGUGUGGGUCAUAAUUCUUGGAUUGCAGAUUGCUAAGAAUUAUGUGGCAAAAUGCUCGGUGGCAUACUGGUCACUAGAUCUCUUACAGAUUCCUGUGACUCUUGCAGUAACUUCAUAUGAGGUAAUUAAACUGUCCCAAGGGAAGAGAAUACUUGCAUCAAAGGGAUCAGAAACAGGUGCAAACUGGAGAGUUUACAGGCUUGUUUCUUAUUGUGUCUGUGGCAUAGCAGCUGGGCUAGUUGGUGGACUGCUUGGUCUUGGUGGAGGCUUUAUUAUGGGUCCAAUGUUUUUGGAAAUGGGGAUCCCUCCUCAGGUGUCAAGUGCCACAGCCACAUUUAUCAUGACAUUCUCUUCAUCCAUGUCUGUGGUGGAAUACUACCUCCUAAAACGAUUUCCUAUUCCUUAUGCUCUCUAUUUUGCUGGUGUGGCUACUGUCUCUGCCAUCAUAGGGCAACAUGUAGUAGGAAAAGUAAUCAAAGUAUUAGGAAGAGCAUCUCUGAUCAUCUUCAUUCUAUCUUUGACAAUAUUUGUGAGUGCACUCACAUUAGGAGGGGUAGGCAUAGCGCACAUGGUUAAAAAGAUAGAGCACAAGCAGUCCUUGGGGUUUGAGAAAAUGUGCACUCAUAUAUCCUAAUCUUCUAACUCUUCGCUUAAUGACUUCCUUCACACCCCAAACAUCAAAAAUUCUUCCUACACUUGGAAUCAUAUACAAGUUGUGAUUUUAGGUGUGUGAAGAAUAUAAUGCAUGCUCUCAAAAAUCUAAAUUCAAGUUCUAGGAUUUGACUUUGUAGUAGUGUUCUGUUGGUACUUUGCUCAGAACACCACCGCUACUUUUGCAUGUAUUGUUGAUUUCUUCUGAAAUUUAGUGAACACUUUUUUUUAUAUAAAUGCACAACUUCACUGAGUCACUGCCAGUAUAUUACAUACACCAGAGCAAAAGCUCCUGAAGUGAACACUUGGUGUCUUGGUAUUUCAGAUGCUUAAGCUUUUAGUGAUAUAUGAAACAAUACUAUUCCUCUGUGCUGUAAAUAGUGGAGAUGGUUAUCCAAAAGAAAAUGGUGAAGAUGAAAUAUCUGAAGACUUAAUCCCAUAAUCCCAAUCCUAAGAAGUAAUAAUUAUUAUGGAAAGUUCAGGAUGAAGACUUUUAGCUGUUACAUUGUGCGUAUGACCUUCUAGAGUCUGCACACAACUUUUAGUUUCAUAGUCCCAUACCUGCUUGUCAUCAAAUUUAUAAAAGAAUAAUCAAAAGUUAGUAUGCCUGCAGAUACAGAAGCACAGUCGAAUGAUGAUCUGCAAUGAACAAAUACUAAUUAGGUUACAACACCACGUUAAGACAUACUCAUACUUAAAAGUUUACCAUUUUUUAGUGAAUAGCACAAGGUUUGAUGAUGAGGAAUGUAUGCAAUUGCUUGGAGUGCUUCUGCAGAUACGAGGCAUAACCUCUUUUAUACCCAUGGGGAAUGGGAAGAGUCAAUUACUUGAGGAUAAUCUUCAUGUCUACAUAUCUCAAUGAUUCUGAAGAGUCGAGACUCUUCCCAAUGCUGUCCAUUCAUUUGAUUCACUAUAAUUCACUGUGAAGAUCGGUCGUACUUAUAUAUCAUUUGUUUGAUUGUC